UCAAAAUAACAUAUUAGGAAGCACAGAGUAUGACAUAAAUAGUGGCAGUGUGGAAGUCAGUUGACUAUAUAAAAAUGAGGUUGUGAGAGAUGUAACGAUGGAGGCAGAGCGCCGGCGCCGCGGCUCUUGCCCUCGGCUCGGCAGUUCGCGAGCAGACCCGUUGGCGCCAGCAGUGCCGGCGGCCGUCUGUCCUCGCGCCGGCCGCACUCCGACCCUCGCGCGACAUAAUACAACAACCGUUCCGCUCCACUACAUCAGUGACACGUGUUACACCUCGCCCUCUGUGACGUUAUUUUUGAGUGCUGCCGAUCGCCGAACACUUGGUUGAACUCUGAUCGAGUAUGAGUGUCAGUAAAGCGGUUGCGCCCGCUCCGACUUAAGUGCUUGUGAAAAUUUUAAAUUGCAAAAUGUUUUGCUUGAUUAGAAAAUAUAUGAAUGCAAGUGUCGGUGUUGAAAGAAACAACAUGCACCAGAUGUACAAAUUUCAAUACGAUAUUGUGUUGAAUCCAGCUUAAACACAAAGAAGAGCUAAACUAAUUGUUACGAUGGCUCUAUCAUUGAAUAUAUCUUUAUUGUAUAUUAUUAUUUCGACGUGCCAAAUAACAUUCUUAACUUCAAUAUGUCCAAAUGUGUUAUGUGAGUGUCAUAAUAGUAUUUCACAAAUGUGUGAAUCGUGUUACUAUAAUUUAACCUUGAAAGAAAAUAACAUGAAUGUUUAUCAUUCAACAUCGGUAUGCUGUAACGAAGACGUGAACUUAGUUUGGUUUCAGCUUUAUGCGAAUAAAACUUGGACCGAAGUCGCCGUUCAAUACAGUAACACAUGCAACAUGAGCAUAGUUGAUUUUGAUGUGUUAUUAUUAGAUACUUAUUCACUUUCUUUAAAAAAUAAUAGCAUUAUUCAUAUUAAACUUAAUGUGAAACCACAAAAUCUACAAGAGAUUGAUUUAACAUCAAAUAGAUUACAAUAUGUCAACAAAGGACUCUUUAAUAGUUUUAUAAAUCUGCGUAAGUUAAAUUUACACUGCAAUAAUAUAACCAAUAUAUACGAAGAGAGUUUCGACGGACUGACUAAAUUAGAGUCGUUGGAUUUAUCUGAGAAUAAAUUAACCAGCUUGGCGAAUAUUUUUACUCCUUUAAAGAAUCUUCAGCAUCUUAAUUUGAGCAGAAACAAUAUAGAAUUCAUUAAUGAAAAUUAUUUCGAUAACUGGUUGUUGCAACAUUUGGACGUGUCUCACAAUAAUUUGAGGAAACUUGCACCCGGAGCUUUGCAGUUAUUACCGAAUUUAGCACGUUUAUUGCUUACUGAUAAUCCGCACCUGGGCAUUACACAAUUGGACUCGCAGCUGCUAGUGGGCACUGGACGCCGGCUGCAACAAAUCGAUGCGUCGAGGACUGGACUCUACCAGGUCCCAGAAGCGUUUACACAUUCCGUACGUUUUUUGUCGUUAAUAGGUAAUAGAAUAUCUGCUGUCAGAUGCGGAGAUUUAGAUAGCUAUCCAUUGUUGCAAUCGCUCGAUUUUUCUGACAAUAAAAUUGUUUCUAUUGAAGAUGAUUCUAUAGGAAGAUUGGAAAUGCUUUUAUUCCUAAACAUAAAUAAAAACUAUCUCACCUCUGUACCGAAAUCAUUACCUGACGAAUUAAAAUAUUUAUCGAUUAAUAAUAACGUGAUUAAGAAUUUGUCUAAUCCAGAUUUUAAUAACUUACCGAAUCUUCGUAUACUCUUGUUACAAAAUAAUAAUAUACAUUAUAUAGAAGAUCAUGUUUUUGAUGAUUUAUUAUCUUUAGAAAUGUUAGAUUUAUCAAACAAUCCGAUACAAACAUUAUCAUCGAGUACUUUUGAUGGACCACUAUCACUACGCGAUCUGAGACUCUGCUACUUAAAUUUGUCUUUGCCCGAACAGGACGGCACAUUUCCAAUGUCCUCCCCGGAAAGCGUACAAAUGCUACAUCUUCAAUCUAGUCCGGGAUUGGCAAAACAAUUUUUAGCAGAUUCCGCAGCGUUAACUGCUUUCACACAUCUGCAAUAUUUGGAUUUGAGAAUGAACAAUUUAUCGCACAUAAGAAAUGAUUUACUAUUUUAUUUGGGACAGUUAAAGACAUUACGUCUCCACGGUAAUCAUAUAAAUUGCAGCGCUGAGUUGUGGUUAAAAGACUGGAUUAAUGGUAAUAAAACGCUGUCCAGUGGCGAGACAUGCUACUAUUCCACUUCCGAAGCGAGAGCAGAUAUAACAAAGUAUAAUUGUACAUUUCCUGAAACGUUUACUAUUAGCGAUAGUCUCCCACCAGUAAAUUUGUAUAGUACCGAAAUGAUUAAUAAGUUACUCAGAUAUUACGGUUACCUUAACAAUAAAACCGAAAGAAACUCAAAACGAGGUCUUCUGAGAGAAAAACCUAAAUACAAAAAUAUAAAAAGUAAAAUCCAAUCAAAUAAAACAGAUAUCAUUAAUACAGUGAAUUCCAAUAAUUAUUCAUCUGAAAUGGGAAAAGUACAGGACACGAUACUUUUGAGAAAUGAAAAUAAAAUUACUAUAAAUGAUUAUUAUAACGGAACGGUUAUAAUAAAAGCCCGAGAAUCGUCUAAAGGUUUCGAUCAAAAUAGAGUUUUAAAUGAUCAACUCGACGUAGACAAAUUUAUAGAUAUAGAAUCUUAUUUAUCAACACCAUUGCGGAAGUUAAAAAAUACUUUAAAAGCCGAUGUCGCCGAAGUGGAGCCAGCGACAAAUACUGGAAAGCGGUUAAAUACACCCAUCAGUAAUAUAAAGAAAGUAUAUAGAGAAAAUUACGGAAAUGAAUCAAAAUUGGAUUCAAUGAAGCCUUUAAUUAGAAAUGUACUUCAAAAUAUCAGCUUAUAUGAAGCGAACACUUCAAAUUCAAAUGAAAAAGGAGAAUAUUCACAUUAUCGGUCCGCUAGCAAAAACUAUGCUCAAUAUGUGGGUACAGUAGCAGUCUGUAGUUUAAUAGUGUUCUCUUUAAUUCUCUGGGCAAGCUUUCGACUAAAAUACAGAAGCAGAAGAGUUCCAAUCAUUGAAAAUGCCAAUGAAGAUCAAAUAGAAGUCUCCAAUAUAUCUAGCAGAGUACUAUGGUGACAUUUGCGAGCAGCCGACCCUACGCCUUUUGAAUACGACUCUCUCCUUACGUAGCACUAUCUACGGGUGGUCGGCUGCGAGUGGCACAGAUUGUUUGUGAUAUAAUUGGUACAUAUUUUUUUUAUUAAAUAAGUACAAAUAGUGUAAACAGCGAGACGUUAAAACGGUAUAUUGGUUUUGUCUACACUGUAAAUAUUAUGACUGUUUCCUAAUAUUAUCAAACACUCAAGUGUAAAGUUGGAUAAAAGUAACUCAUUUACCUACAGGUAGAUGUUUCUUAAUAUCCAAUUUAAAUUUUGACCGUAUCGUCAGGCUUGCAUAGUGAGAUUGCCUUUUGUAUAGUGAGUAAAUUGUAAAGUUUGAUAUAGAUAUCAUUCGUAGAUUUACUACCUACUCUCUGCGCGAAUGCGAGAAACGUUAAAUAAUAGAUUAAACAUUUUGAAAAAGCAGAUCAUGUCUUCCCUAGUAAUCCUUCUAAAGUAAUUAUAAUGUACGCAUAAACAUACAUGUAAUCUUCGAGUAAUUUGUCGAAUGUUUAAAGUGCCAAAAAAUUAUGUUGUUUAAUAUUUAACUUGAUAUUAGUGUACAAUAAUGACGUUAAUAACGUUACAGCAAGAACGUAACAUUUUCCACACUGUGUAGUUACUUUAUCAGUUUACAUAUGCGAGCUUGUAUUCUUUUAAUUCCUCGCAUUAUAUUGUCUAGUCAUGAUAGCGUAUAGUAAUGUAGGUAUAUGUUACAGUAUAGACCCGUUUUAGUUAGAACGCGUUUUUCCUAGUCAUUUAUAUUUCUAUACUUCUCCCUUACCACUACAAUUUACUGCUCAUUAAAGAGUCAUUUAAUACUAAGUUUAACUAGACAAAACGCGUUUUAAAUGAUUACUUAGUUAAAACUGUUUCAAUAAAAGUUAAGGGUGAUAGAGGGCGGGAAACAAGAUACGAAUGUGAAAAAAUCCGUGGUUUGUUACUGUGUGGAAUAACUAGAUAUCAAUAGAAAAAAUAAUUAAUAAAAAAAAUCACACCAAGACUCAAACUCGAUCAUCUGCAGAUUAUAAUAACUGACUAUUUCCUCACUUUAUCGUCGAUGUAAUAAUUAGUGUUAUUCUAAUAAUAUCUUUGAAAAGCAAAAUAUUUUUUGAAAUUCCGAAUAGUUGACAAUGUGUACAUUAAAAAAUACGUAAUGUAAUUAAUGUAAAGUUGAUAGUGUUGUUUUCUGUGUACGAACUUAUGUACUAAAAUAAGUGUGUGCAGAUCUAUUCGUACUUAAUAUUGAUAGUUCGUAUCCAACGUUACACAUAAUAUCAAUACAUUUCAUUCAUCAUUCUGAAACCUAAGGUUGUAACUUGAUAUAUAACAUUUUGAAGACAAUGGUGUGUAGAUAUAUGUUUUUACGUGAUUGUAGUUUAUGAUGUACAAACAGGCAGAGAUAUAAUAAAUGAUAGAAUGUA